AUGGAAGCGGUUGCACAAUUUGGCCCGGGAUUCAAACCACCAAGCAUGCAUGAGCUUAGAGUUCCUUUGCUUAAGAAUGAAAAAGAUAUCGUGAACUUUUUAGUGAAUUCUCCUAAAGGUUCGGUCUUUCUAAAAUCUUUGGAUGUCUCGAAAAUCAAAAAGGAUGCAAACACAUUGUUUAAAAUGCUUGAUUAUAUGGUGGAAAAGAUAGGAGAGGAGAAUGUAGUACAAGUGGUGACAGACAAUGCAUCUAAUUAUGUUAAAGCAGGAAUGAUGUUAAAGGCAACUAGACCAUAUUUAUAUUGGACUCCUUGUGCUGCACAUUGCAUUGAUUUAAUGCUAGAGGAUAUUGGAAAGAUCCUAAAAGUGCAGAAUACUUUGAAAAGUGCCAUCUUCAUGAUUGGUUAUAUCUAUAUCCAUGUUGGCAUUGUCAACAUGAUGAGGAGGUUACAAAAUCAAGAAACCUACAUAGGCCCGCAAUCACCAGAUUUGCAACAUCGUUCAUCAGUCUCGCCCAGAUGCAUAAACAAAAAAACAAUUUGCGAAAGAUGA